AUGUCUCUCAAAGAUUUUGAAACUCUCUCAAAAAUUGGUGAAGGGGCUUACAGUAGUGUUUGGCGAGUACGGCGCGCAUCUGAUCACAAAAUUAUGGAAAUUAAAGUUUUUACUUUCCAAUUAUUUCCAGAUAUAGUUUACUAUCAUAAAGAUUUUAAAAUUUUUUUUUGAGAAAAAUUUUGCCAUCCUAAAAUUUACGCCUUAAAAAAAGUUCAACUGCAGAAAUUAAAAGCCAAAGAAAAAACCAACGCUCUUAACGAAGUGAGAAUCCUCGCCAGUGUUAACCAUACAAAUGUUAUUUCCUACAAAGAUGCAUUUUUCGACGAAGAUAGCGGCUGCCUCUGCAUCGUUAUGGAAUAUGCAGAUGGUGGAGAUUUAUAUCAAUUGAUAUCUGAAAAUCGGAAAAAAGGGACCUAUUUGAGCGAACAUUACUUGUGAAGCCUCUUUAUAAGGCUCACAAGAGGUUUGAAAGCCCUACAUGACCUUAACAUUAUGCACAGGGACUUAAAAAGUGCAAAUGUUUUCCUAACGAAAGAUGGAGGCGUCAAGCUGGGCGACAUGAAUGUUUCUAAAGUUACCAAGCAAGGAAUGCUGCAUACACAGACAGGGACGCCUUAUUAUGCAAGUCCAGAGGUAUGAAAAGAUACCCCUUAUGAUAUAAAAUCUGAUAUCUGGAGCUUAGGGUGUGUCAUGUAUGAGGCUGCAUCUCUUAGGCCACCUUUUCAAGCUGAAGAUAUGAAAGGUUUGUAUAAAAAAGUUAUUCGUGGAGAGUACCCACCUUUACCUAUUGAAUUUUCACAGGAUUUUCAAUUGCUUAUAUCUCAACUUUUACAAUUAGACCCCAAAAAAAGGCCAAGCUGCUCACAUAUACUCCGAAUGCACCAUGUUUUAAAACACAUCGACAAUAAUAAUGAAGAAGAAACAGAAAAUGACUCGCAUUUAUUAGGGACAAUAAAAUUUUCUAAAGACAUCCAGCUUGUCACUGAAAGGCUGCCAAAAUCAAAAUAUAGAGAAGAAGGAAGGCCAAACCACAGCGAGCCGCCUCCUAAUAGAGAAUUUGAUUUUAAUUUGCCAAAAAUUUACAAAUUAAACCGCGUAGAUUCUUUUCACAGCAACAGAAGAGACACAAAAGAAGCAAUCAGCAAAGAAACAAACUCACACAAAUCAAACCUCAGCAAGAACUUCAUCAGAGAUAACUAUGGAGCUUUGAAGCUUCCAAGGGUAAAAUACCCCAGCCAGGCAUAUCCAGUUUAUUCCGUAAGGCAAGGAAACAUUCCUGUAAAGCAUUACGAACUGAUAAAUUAUUUGCCUAUACCUGAAAGAAAGCGGCUGAUGGGGAAUAGAAAUCGAUAUAGCUAA